AGUCACUUGCAGACAGCUUGCUUUCUUCAUAGCCUUGGGCACUGGCCAAGUCACAGCUCCCGGGUACCAGGCUGCGGACAUGGGGGCCCUUCCGUGGCUGCUCCUGCUCUCACUGCUCCAGGAAGCCAAAGGAGAUUCUGGAGACGGCGUGGAUCCCGAGGAAGUGGUCGCAGUCCUGCAGGAGUCCAUCAGUCUCCCCCUGGAAAUACCACCUGACGAAGAGGUUGAGAACAUCAUCUGGUCCUCCCACGUAACGCUGGCUAUUGUGGUGCCAACGAAAGAGGGACAUUUAGCUAACGUCACGGUGACCGACCCUCGCUACGAGGGCCGAGUGAGCUUCCCGAGUCCCAGCUACUCUCUGCACAUCAGCAAUCUGAGCUGGGAGGACUCGGGGCCUUACCAAGCUCAAGUCAACCUGAGGACGUCCCAGAUCUCCAGCCUGCAGCAGUACAACCUACGCAUCUACCGACGGCUGUCGGAGCCUUCCAUCACUGUGAACUUUGAGAUCUCUGGGGACGGUCCCUGUAAUAUGUCCCUGACAUGCUCUGUAGAGCAGGCCGGCCUGGACAUGACCUACAGCUGGAUAUCCCGGGAGGAUGGUGUUGACACAGCACAUGAAGGCUCUGUCCUCAGCACAUCCUGGAGGCCCGGGGACCAUGCCCUCUCCUACACCUGCAGGGCUAGCAACCCCGUCAGCAACAUGAGUUCCUAUCUCAUCCCUGCUGGGCCCUUCUGUGCAGAUCUUAGGUACCCUUCAGAGAAGGCCUCCGCUUCCUUCUGCCUCCUGGUCAAGGCACUGCUCCUCCUCCUGCUCUUGGUAACCCUGGCCACGGGGCUGUGGCUCGCUCGAGGCCAGAAAGGAUGCAAGAUACCAAGGAUGAAAAAAAUCAGGAGAAACAGAUUGAGACUGAGAAAGACGGACAAGCCUGGCCCAGCUGGCUUAGAGGUUGAACGUCGACCUAUGAACCAGGAGGUCACAGUUGGAUUCCCGGUCAGGACACGGGCCCUGGUUGCGGGCUCAAUCCCCAGUCGGGGGCGUGCAGGGGGUCUAUGA